GCCUCGUCCAAUCUCGUACAGACUGCGACACAUGCGCCAUUGUCGAGUGAAGGUCCAAGGAAUGCAGGUCCUGGCGGAAUCGUCGCUCCACUGUCAAACUUUCGAUGUGGAUGCGUCACUCGGACCUCGCGUCAUGUCUGAAGCGCCCACCCACGACUCCCAUCGCUGCCCGCGACGUGUUCCCGCCCGAGCGACAGAUCUUGGCCCUCGUUCUUGACAACGUUCUCUCGCCCCUCGAGUGCGAGGCGCUGAUUCGACACAGCGAAAUCACAGGAUACGAGCCAGCGUUGCUCAAUAUUGGCUACGGACGGCAAGUCCUCCGUACAGACGUUCGCAACAACGACCGAUGCAUCAUCGACGAUGUGGUCGCAGCAACUAUUCUGUGGGAACGUGUGCAGCCGUAUUUGCCAGACACCUACCGUGGCAAGCCGUUUGCAGGCGUCAACGAACGCCUUCGAUUCCUCCGGUACUACCCCGGCCAAGAGUUCAAGCCGCACUAUGACGGCACGUAUCGCCGACCUGAUGGAAGCGAGCAGUCGUAUUUGACCAUUCAAGUAUACCUCAAUGGCGGCGACGACUUGCAAGGCGGCGACACGAUCCUUUUCGAUAGGAAGGGUGACGUUCACAUCCAUCCAGUGCCCGGCCGGGUCCUCAUCUUCCAACACCUGAACGUAGAGCACUCUGGUGCUCCCGUCGUCAGCGGUGUCAAGUACACGAUUCGAUCGGAUAUCAUGUGCACGAGGAGCAAGGUCGAGUAGGUUCGGCAGCACGACCUGUACAUUCAAAUUCCAGAGCAAGUGUUGGACUGCAAGAUUGUCAUCCCGCACACGGUCCAUUCUGCGGUCAUACUUGGAUUCCAUGUCGGCA